AUGAGGCCCGUGCUGGCACGGGAGCUGAAGACGGAAAUGAAGUCGGAGGUCCACCGGCGAAAGAUGUUGGAGGGCAAGAGCCUGUCGCUGGUCUUCGUCAGCGGCUUCUACGGGGCGGGCAAGACCGCCGUUAUCAAACAAGCCCUCGGUGAUGUGCGCAACCAGAGCGUGCGCACCCUGGUCCUCGUCAACUCCUCCCACCAACAGAGCGCGGACAUAGACGUUUAUGUGCUGCAGAGCGAGUGUGCAGCGAGGGGGCUGGCCAACGUCACUGAGGUGAGCGAGCUGGCCGCCAGUGCCCUGUACGAUUACCUGAUCGUCGAGACCGCAGGCGAAACGGAUCCCAUUGCCCUGGCGCAGGCGUUUGAGGCUCCCCAGGCGGCCGCCAACAGCCAAAAGCUGUCUGACCUCGCACGACUAGACGCGUUGGUCACGGUCGUGUCCUGCACAGGGUUCUUUGACGCCUACGAAGCCUCGGACCCCGCAUUGAGGGAGCUGCAUCGUCAGCAGCUCUCCUUCGCGGACCUGAUCGUCCUCAGCAAACCCGACGGUCUCGGCCUGAACCAGAAUACCAUCAGUGAAAUCGAAAAGGAGAUCAAGGAGAAGGCGAAUAAGAGCGCGCGGGUCAUUGUGGCAAAGCACGGCAGCCUUGGCGAGGAACAUAACAUACUAUUCACGGGCCUCUACUCGGUGAAGAAGGCGGCUAAGCACGACGCGUGGGAGACACAGCGUAGCCCGCUUCAGCCAGUGUGCACGCACAUGUGGAGUUUCUUCACUCAAACCCCGUUCCACGCUACUCGACUCCGAAAGAUUUUGUACAGUAGAGCCGGGGAGUUGGUAUCCAACACUCGCAUCAAGGGACUGCUGUGGAUUGCGGCGCCCGGAAAAUACAACCGAUUUGGCCUGUGGUCUCACACGCCUGUGGAUAGCGGCACGCCCGUUGCUGCCGGCACGAAUUGGAUCGCCGAUGUCGCGCCCAGCCAAUGGACCGACCAGGAGAAGCAGGCAGUCGAGUCGUGGAGCAGCGAGGUGGGCGAUCGGCAGCAGCUGAUCGCGUUCAUGAGCGACAAGCCCAUCAACGAGGUCAUGCUCAAGCGGCUGCUCGAGGCCUGCCUCGUGAAGCCCACCGACGGCGUCCGCAUGGAGCUCACCGCCAUCUCCCGGAACGACGACCAAGCUGCCAUCCGCAUCGACUUCCCUGCGGGCUACGUCGACGAGUUCGAGUCGUGGCCACCCGUGCGCCCGCGAAAACCGCUCCACCUCAAGGAACUCAAUUCGCUGGACGUCUUUGUGAAAUCACUCAAUGAGGUACCGUGUCGGUUCCCUGUGUUGCAAUUGCCCUGUUGCUCUCAGUGA